UUCCUCACCAUGGCGUUCAACAAGAAAUAUGCCGGUCUUCCUGACCUGGACCUCGCCCCUGACAUCUACGAAACUCCCGAUCUCACCGACGAUGCCUCCACCAUCCAAACACAAACUAUUCGCACCACCUCCGACGAUGGUGUCCCUUCAACCAACCCCGACAUUGAUCGUCAGCCCGUCAAUGCGGACGCCGCCCGUGCUCACUUCCUCGGGGCCACCGUAGACGCCCGCGAUGCCAACUUCUCCGACAGUAUUGCGGCAAAGCGCCGCGCCUACCGCAGCAAGUCGCGUCGCCGCCAGCGCCGUACGGGCCCCAACGGGGUCGAGGAGGUUGGCGACCUGAGCGACAGUGAGGACGAAGGCGUCGAGCGGAAACUGGCGCGUCUCCGCCGCGAGGUUGAGGAGCUUAAGAAUGAGAUGGCCGCUCAACCGGACAAGGAACAGACCGGUCAAUCCGAGACGCAGGAACAGGAAAAGCCCACAGACGAUGGCAUCCUGGAACUCAGCCGUGCCGUCGAUGGCCUGUACGCGUCCGCACGGGGCGCCCCGCAAGCAGGCGGUGGCGCCGCCGCCGCCUUGGCCCAGAAAUUAUCUGGAGACAGUGCUCCCGAGUCAUCUGCGCAGACCGCAGAUGGCGCAGCCAACCACAAAGAAACUGCGGUGUCACAGGCAGCAGUGCCCGGUCCCGAGCCCGCGUCGGCGAGCGUGCUCGCCCACGCCGCCGCCUUCGACAGCCGCUUGGCCCUCAUCGAAGCCGCCAUGGGAAUCAGCAGCGCCUCCAACCCCUUCCUCCCCACCGACUCAGAGCAGCAGCCGGCCCUGCAGCCUGUGCUCCCCACAAUCGAGCACCUGACAUCGCGCCUCGCCACCUUAACCACCACCCUAGUCGGCCCGAGCCCCGUCUCCGCCCUACCAACUACAACCCACGGCACGGCCUCCACAAUCGCAACGACCCCACACCUCGAAUCCCUCUCCACCCGCGUCCGCAAGCUCGCCGCCGACGCAGAAACCCUCGCAACGGCCCGCAAACGCGCCCUCGACACCGCCAAAGCCGCCCAAAACGCGCGCAUCCCCCUCGACCCACCCUCAUCCAACACCAUCCUUGACCCCGACACCGACCCCACCUCCCCCAACCAACCCCCGCCUCCUCCUCCUCCUCCACAGCCGAACGUCCUGGAACGCCUGCGCUCCCUGCGCGCCCUGCACGCGGGCGCGGCCCACGCCGCGGAGUCCCUCGACGCCCUCGAGCGCAGACAGGCGGAGAUGGUGGGCGAGAUUGCGCAGUGGCGCGAGGGUCUGCACGUUGUGGAGGAGAAGAUGGGACGCGGUGAGGAGGCGCUGAAGGGGAAUGUGGAGGUUGUGGAGCCUUGGGUGAGGGAGUUGGAGAGGAGGAUGCAGGUGUUGGGAGUUGAGGGGGAGUGA